AGUGGAACAGACGUGGGCCCUAACCGUCAGGGGCUUAGAACCUCACCCCCUAUUCCAAGGGUGCCAUUUUUUCCAGAGGGAUGGACACAGGGAGCCAGACCGAUGGCAUCCAGUGAGAGACAACUGUCCUCUGACGCGCCAUGCGGCCCUAUGAAUACAGUCCCUGUCUUUGCCUACCUCGACAUUUGUUCCUUCUCAUUUUAAAUGAAGGGAUUGGAACCUCUGAUUUUGUGAGUUUCUAAAGUGAGAGUCUUUUCAUCCUGGUACCUAGAUUUUGCAGCAAGCCUAGUAUUGAUUCCCAAAAGAACAAGGAAUGACCUUCAGGACCCAGUUCAGGCGUGGAGGUAGCAGGCAGAGAAGACGGUCAGUUCUGACGUUGGCUCUGGGUAGGAAUGGCCACUUUGAACCACGGAGAGCUUGGUCUAGAGACUGAAGGCCUGGUGUCUUCCUGGGGGCUGAAGAAGGACUAUAACCAGCGGGUGUUUGUGAACCGCAGCCUGGCCCUGGGAAAGAUCAGAUGUUUUGGAUUUGACAUGGACUAUACUCUGGCUGUGUACAAAUCUCCUGAUUACGAGGCCCUGGCAUUUGAGCUACUUCUGGAUAGGCUGGUCUGUAUCGGCUACCCCCAUGAGAUCCUCCGCUUUGUCUACAACCCUUCCUACCCUACCAGGGGCCUAGUGUUUGACGCACUAUAUGGCAACCUGUUGAAGGUGGACACCCAUGGGAACAUCUUGCUGGCUACUCAUGGCUUCUCCUUCCUUACUGAGGCUGAAAUCUGGAGCUUUUACCCCAGCAAGUUCAUUCAUCGGGAUGACAUGCAAAGAUUCCACAUUCUCAACACUCUCUUCAACCUUCCAGAAACAUAUCUGUAUGCCUGCCUCGUGGACUUUUUUACCAACUGCUCCAGAUACAUUAACUGUGACACAGGCUACCAGCACGGGAACCUCUUCAUGUCUUUCCGUAGCCUCUUCCAGGAUGUGUCUGAUGCCAUGGACAACGUCCACCAGUCGGGCUGCCUCAAGGAGAAGACCUUAGAGAACUUGGAGAAAUAUGUGGAGAAGGAUGCCCGCGUUCCUGUUCUAUUGGGAAAGAUGAAGGAAGUUGGGAAAGUGUUUCUGGCCACCAACAGCAACUACAACUACACCAAUGCAAUCAUGACCUACCUGUUUGACUGUGGUCAGGUGGAAGCUUUGGCUCGGCCUUGGCAAUCCUAUUUUGACCUGAUUGUGGUGGACACGCAGAAACCACGCUUCUUUGCAGAGGGGACUGUGCUGAGACAGGUCAACACGGAUUCGGGAAAGUUGCGAAUUGGCACCUAUACUGGACCCCACCAACACUGUGCUGUCUAUUCUGGAGGCUCAUCGGAUGUUGUAUGUGAGCUGCUCGGAGUAAGGGGGAAAGACAUCCUGUACAUUGGGGACCACAUCUUUGGGGACAUCCUGAAGUCUAAGAAGCGCCAGGGUUGGCGUACCUUCCUUGUGGUGCCUGAGCUGGCCCGGGAGUUGACUGUCUGGGCCCAGGAGAAUGAGCUGUUUGAGGAGCUGCAGGAGCUGGAGGUGUCUUUGGCAGCACUGUACCAGCACAUGGACAGGAGGAGCUGUGGGCAAGAGGACAUCAGCUCUACCAAGAGAGAGAUUCAGAGGGUGACCCGGGAGAUGGACCUUUGCUAUUGCAAGAUGGGAAGCCUGUUCCGCUGUGGAUUCCGCCAGACGCUGUUUGCCAGCCAGCUGAUGCGCUGCGACCUCUACUCUUCAUCCAUCCUUAACCUCCUGCAUUACCCGCUCAGCUGCCUGUUCAUGGCCACACCCGUGCUGAUGCCUCAUGAGUGCGGUGGAGCUAGAGAGGGGCACUCAGGACCCAGUGAAGGGCCAGAGGAAUAUGCCAAGUGUUCUGCAGGGCUUCAUGGAGGGCAUCGAGGGUGGUGAGGCCUGAGCUGACCUGGGGAUAAUUGAGCUAUCUGCUUGCUGGUUUACAACCGCGACUCAGAUUCUCUGACCCGAGGCAUUUCUGGACUUGUUUUCAGACCUUGGAGAACAGAGUGGGGAGGGUAGCCAAAUUAAAUUCAGUUUAUUUUAGCAAGCAUUUAUUCAGCCCCUACUGUGUGCUAGACACUUAUAAGACAGAGUAAAAAAACAAAAUGGGGCCUAGCCUGGAGAAACUCACAGUCUGCUGGGGGUGGGGAGGAUUAUACCUGUACGAGGAUGAUAAGUAAAUAGAUGAAAUAAAUACAAAGUAUUGGGGAAGGGGGAUCUCUCACAACUAGGCGAAUCUUAUAAGGGGGACUGUUUGGUCUGAGCCUGGAGGCAUUUGCAGACAGAAUACUUUGCUUCUGUUUCUAAACAUUUAUUUUCGUAUAUAAUUUCUUUGCACUGAUAGUCUGUUAUUAGGAAUAGUAAUCUAUGGUUUGUUAUCUGCUCUUUCUAAAUAAUCAUUAAAGACAUUAGAUGAGGCACCCUAACAAUCAUACUUUUGAACUUAUUAAACCAAAUCACAGUCAUAAUUUUGAACCUUUAAAUCCUAAUUCAUCACUGACUUGGGAGGUAUUUCUUUGUAGUACUGGGCUCCUCUGGGCUGUGUGCUCACAGAUGUAAUUUGAUUUAACUCAGCCUGAAGAAGGACUGGGAGGGAAGAGAGUUCAGUGGACUGCAAGUUAAACAUGAGUGUGAAAUUGUCAGUCAAGAAGAGGCAAGGCAGCGUGGUGGGCAGUGCUGGCCUUGAAAGUUCAGAAGACCGAGGUUCAAAGCCUACCUUUGACACUCAAUAGCUGCAUGUUCUUAGGUAAGCCACUUAAUCUCUCUUUGGCUCAGUUUUCUCAUCUGUAAGAUGGGGAUAAUGUUCCCUACUUCAUAUAACAACUCCUAAAAAUCUGAAAAAAAUUUCCCAAAGUUUUCUUUGGGGGGAAUCUAGGGGAGAAGUCUGGACCAAUGAUUUCCCUGGUGAUUUCCUUGUAUGAAAACUCCUUCCAUUAACACUAUUAUUAUUAUUAUUAUUAUAAUUUUUAGACAGUCGGAUGUCAAACUGGAAGGAACCUUAGGCCAUCUAUUCUAACCCCUUAUUUAUCUAUUGGAUUUUUAAAAUUAAUUUAUUUUGAUUGAUCAACAAUCACUUCCAUGAGCUUUUGAGUUUAAAUUUUCGUCCC